CAGACACCCCGCUGCGGGAGCGCUCUCGGGGACAGCGGACGGACGGAGGGACGCGGCCCAGCGCAGGGACCAUUCGGCUCGCGGACCAGGCAGGAGCAGCGCGAUGCUGCGGGUGCGGUGUCUGCGCGGCGGGAGCCGCGGCGCCGAGGCGGUUCACUACAUCGGGUCUCGGGUUGGAAGAACCUUAACGGGAUGGGUGCAGCGAACUUUCCAGAGCACCCAGGCAGCUACGGCUUCCUCCAGGAAUUCCUGUGCAGCUGAGGACAAAGCCACUGAUCCUCUGCCCAAGGACUGCCCCGUUUCUUCUUACAACGAAUGGGACCCCUUGGAGGAAGUGAUAGUGGGCAGAGCGGAAAACGCCUGUGUCCCACCAUUCACCGUGGAGGUGAAGGCCAACACAUAUGAAAAGUACUGGCCAUUUUACCAAAAGCAUGGAGGCCAUUAUUUUCCCAAAGAUCAUUUGAAAAAGGCUGUUGCUGAAAUUGAAGAAAUGUGCAAUAUUUUAAAAAUGGAAGGAGUGACAGUGAGGAGGCCUGACCCCAUUGACUGGUCCUUAAAGUAUAAAACUCCUGAUUUUGAGUCUACGGGUUUAUAUGGUGCGAUGCCUCGGGACAUCUUGAUGGUUGUGGGCAAUGAGAUUAUUGAGGCUCCCAUGGCAUGGCGAGCUCGAUUCUUUGAGUACCGUGCAUACCGAUCAAUUAUCAAAGACUACUUCCACCGUGGUGCCAAGUGGACAACAGCUCCUAAGCCCACAAUGGCUGAUGAGCUUUAUGACCAGGAUUACCCCAUUCAUUCUGUAGAAGACAGACACAAGUUGGCUGCUCAGGGAAAAUUUGUGACAACUGAAUUUGAGCCAUGCUUUGAUGCUGCUGACUUUAUUCGAGCUGGAAGAGAUAUUUUUGCACAGAGAAGCCAGGUUACAAACUACCUGGGCAUUGAAUGGAUGCGUAGGCAUCUUGCUCCAGACUACAAAGUGCAUAUCAUCUCCUUUAAAGAUCCUAAUCCAAUGCAUAUUGAUGCCACCUUCAAUAUCAUUGGACCUGGUCUUGUGCUUUCCAACCCGGACCGACCAUGUCACCAGAUUGAUCUUUUCAAGAAAGCAGGAUGGACCAUAGUUACUCCUCCAAUACCAGUCAUUCCAGAUGAUCACCCACUCUGGAUGUCAUCCAAAUGGCUUUCCAUGAAUGUCUUAAUGCUAGAUGAAAAACGUGUUAUGGUGGAUGCCAAUGAAGUCCCAAUUCAAAAGAUGUUUGAAAAGCUGGGUAUCGGUACCAUUAAGGUUAACAUUCGUAAUGCCAAUUCCCUGGGAGGAGGCUUCCACUGCUGGACCUGCGAUGUCCGGCGCCGAGGCACCCUACAGUCCUACUUUGACUGACCACACUUGAUGGAGCUUGUGGCGUAGGGACAAGGUUCAUUUUCCUGCUUUAAGAAGUGCAUGAACUGUAGUGCUUUAAACAAUCAUAUCCUUAAGAGGGUCUUAAGCCUUCAUUUUCUUUGUUACAAGGAAAAUAACUUGUGCUCUGUCUUACUCUCUGCUCCUAAAUUUAUUUGCUAUUUGGCUUCAAGCAUAUAGUAAGUUGGCCACUAAUAUUUAACCAUCUACCUCUGUUUUUAAUUUUCUUUCCAAAAGGCAGCUUGAACUGUUAGUCCUAAUCUUCACUUUUUUUUUUUUUUACUUUUUGCUACACUUGUGAAUGAUUGUAUCACUUCUUUUUUCUUAAUGAAAGAUUUAGAAUAUUCACAAAUCUUAAGUAGAGCCAGAUAAUUGUCUCUUUUUCUAAUGCGUUUUGGUAAUUUUUAAUUUUUUUGUUAAAAAAAUAACCUAGACUAUACAAACAUUUAAGUGAAUUUUCCAUGAAUGUUUUUUAAUAUUCUCAACAGUGGUGAUGUUUGCUACUAAAAACCUUUCCAUACAACUUACCUCAUUUCAGGUGAUUUAUUUUAAUCUCUUUUUCUUCUCUGACUAUAAUUUUAUAGAAAUAUUUAGUGCAAUAGGAUAUAACUAUCAGUUCCCAUCUCUAAAUUUUGAUAUUCAGUAUCGAAUGGAUAUAUUACACCUUUUGGUAAUCUAACAUUUGUUUACAGAUGUGCAGAUUAUUUAAAGUGCAGACUUUAAAGACAUUAAAAACUAACAGAGGUAAAACCUACAUGUGAUGUGAAGUAAUUUUAAUGUUGAAUACUGUACGUGUAUUUUUAUUCUAAUAAAGUUUUGUGUUACAGAAAAUGGA